AUGGACUUUGAUAUCAUACCUUAUGAGGACAUACAGUGGAGUCAGAGAUUAGGAGCAGGUUCUUUCGGAUCAGUAUAUAAAGGUUCUUACCUUGGUAUCGAUAUUGCCAUUAAGGAGGUACUGCCUUCGACAGAAUAUGAUGUGCACAAAUACUUUGAGAGGGAAUGGAGGAUAAUGAGAGAAUGUAGACAUCCUAAUAUAGUGUUGUUCUUGGGAUUAUCAAAAGCUCCAGGGGAUGAUGGGAGGGUCUUUAUCAUAUCCGAGUUCGUACCCCGCGGUAAUCUACGUCAAUACAUCUUAUCUUCCCACCCCUUCCCUUGGAGAUUGAGAUUAUCGUUCGCCACCGACGUAGCGAGGGCGGUGGCGUAUCUUCACGCUAGGCAGUGUAUACACCGCGACCUGAAAGGCGAGAAUCUACUGAUUACGUCCAACGAAAGAGUCAAAGUUACAGAUUUCGGAUUUGCUAGGAUCGCUUCGAGGAAUGCGGAUGAGAUGCGUAGGAUGACCUAUUGCGGUACUGAUGGAUAUAUGAGUCCAGAGAUUAUGAAUGGCUUGGAUUUUGAUCUACCAACGGACGUGUUCAGUCUGGGAAUAAUAUUCAUUGAGAUCAUGUCGAGGAGAUUGGUUGAUUCCAAGACUUACACGCGCCAAGCACCUCAUUUCACCCCAGAUCCAUCCGAGGUGAUCCGCCGAGCUUCGCCCGGCUGUCCUCCAGCUCUCAUUUCAUUGGCCUUGUCAUGUACUCAGGAAGACCCGAACCAUCGACCCAGGAUGCCCGAGGUGUUAACGAAAUUACGUGAGAUCGAGGUCGAGGUACUAUCCAAGCUUGAUGACCCCAUUUCCGAGCAUGUCGGGUCGAUAAGACUAGUUCACAGAGGAGGGAAGAGGGCGAUGCCGAUAUUUGACGGAGGCGAUCGAAAUGAUCAUCCAACCAAUAUGAAUCAAAUAGGGGAAGAAGAGAAAGAUAGGAAAGAUGAAGAGGAAGUAUUGAGGAAAUUGGCUGAGAUCCAUUUAGAUAUAUCUGGGAAAGGAGCCUCAUCAGCUUUAUCCAAUUCGUCUAGUCUAAGUGGGAAUGAUCACAUGGAUGAUAAUGAGAAAUGGAGAACUGCCAGAUGGAAUGAUCUGGGUUACACACCUAAUGAUAGUAUACUUACCUUCAAGACUGCAAGUAGUGAUGUCAAAGGACAAGAACCUCUAUUGCCUUCUUCAGAUAGCGGAUCGUCCUUUGGUUCAGCGAAAGAUAGUAAUGGCAACGGACAAGGAUGGUCGAGUUUCCUGGGUGGUGGAUCUGCUUCUGGUGAACCGGUUCAGACAGCUUCUGUACUGAGAGCUGCGACGCCCGGUCCACCUUCAGAAGUAAACACGGAUCAUGCAGAUGAGGAGAUGGGUUCGACGAUGACUAUCAAGGGUCAUCCUACCCCAACUAUCUCCCAGCAGCCCCCAUUGGAUUAUCGAGAAACGACUCUUUUGGAGCCGAAACCUUCAAAUGCUGUUCCCCCGGUCAAAGUCGAGGAUGAUACCGCUACUGCUACUGUCGAUUUGACGAUAUCGGAAAUUGGAAGUAUCCCUUCAUUACCUUCUUCCAUCACUCCUAUCAAACGUAAAGACCAAAAACCCAAAUCACCUAACAAGACCAGUGCGAUGGCGACGCAUAGAUUCACAUUGGUUGAUAAAGAUAGUGUACCUUUGAUCAAUGGUAAAAAGGCUUUAUCGUCAAAUUUCACAUCGACUUUCGCUUUCGCUUUCUUUCCUAGGGCACUGGCCCCUACCCCGUCACCAAGUAAGAAUGAUAACCCUGCUCCGGGUGGAGGUGGGAAGUGCGCGGUGUGCAUGAAGAAGAUGGGUGGUAGAGCGGGACUACAAUGUGAUGAUUGUCAUCUGAUCGUGCAUGUCAAAUGUUCUCAUAUAGCACCUAGGAACUGUACGGGUGGAGAUGGCAAGAUCCACUAA